AACGCACGCGCCGCAUCAAUUCAUUGCUACCAACUGCAAGAACCAACUGUCAUCAUCAUCGCUAGUCUAGUCAUCAUUGAAGCUCGAUCGUGCGAGUGUUGCCUGUGUGUGUAUGGUAUCAGUGAAAAAAAGGCAAAUCGCUCUGGUGCUUUGAAAAAAUCUUAUUUUUCCACGAAAAAACACACCUCAGCUCCACUAUUACCUGUAAUUUCCACUAAUUGACCAUCCCUUUGUCGAAUAUUGUAAUUUUUCGCGUGAAUUUAUGAAUAUUUGCUUGUGAAAAGCCUACCCGGAUUGUGCAGUUUGUGCUUCCAAGUUGAACCUUGAGGAAAACUCGAUUUUGAAGGUUUUCCAUAGAAUUUUCUUGGUAUUUGAGUCUGAGAAAGUGCUUGGUGAGACACAAAGAAGUGCCCCAUAUACCGAGUUAUAAAGGCAAUUUUCACGCUAUACCAGUACAAAUUCAGUGCUCCAGUUGGUUGCUCUGUGGCACAACGAGAGUGUUUUUGUGGGCCUAUAGUCUACCAGGUGCUCUAUGAGACUCAUUAACUGACUCAUCGACAGACUCUAAAGCGCCCCCAACACCAUGAAUAAUCUACAAGGCACUAAAGCCAAUAUAACGGCAGUCUCAGACAGUCCCGUGAUGGAUCCAGGAUCUGUUGUGAAGGAAACCAAGACAACAUCGGGAGCUCUGAAGAAAAGCAGUCGCUAUCGCAGCCGAAGCUUAUCAGCCUCUUCAACGGAUUCAUUUAGUUCAGCUUCAUACACGGGCAGCAGUUCGGAGGAGGAUGAGAGUUCACCACGAGAAAAGACCCAGAAGAAUUCCUCAGGCUUUUCGGACUUUUGCGUUCGCAAUAUCAAUCAACAUGCUUUCGGGCGACGUGAAAUUGAGAUUGCGGAGCACGAGAUGCCCGGCAUCAUGGCUCUGAGGAAGCGAGCGUGCGACGACAAGCCAUUGAAGAACGCCAAGAUCGUGGGAUGUACUCAUAUUAAUGCACAAACGGCCGUUCUUAUUGAGACUCUAGUUGAGUUGGGAGCUACAGUGCGCUGGGCCGCAUGCAACAUCUACUCCACUCAAAAUGAGGUGGCUGCUGCAUUGGCCGAAGCUGGUUAUGCGGUGUUUGCUUGGCGUGGGGAGACUGAGGAAGACUUCUGGUGGUGCAUCGAUAAAUGUGUAAAUGCAGAGAAUUGGCAACCUAACAUGAUUCUCGAUGAUGGUGGCGAUGCAACGCAUCUGAUGCUCAAAAAGUACCCAGCUAUGUUUAAACUGGUACGUGGGAUUGUGGAGGAGAGCGUAACUGGUGUCCAUCGGCUCUAUCAGCUGUCCAAGGCUGGGAAACUCUCAGUGCCUGCCAUGAAUGUCAAUGAUUCAGUGACGAAGACAAAGUUCGACAAUUUGUACAGUUGCCGCGAAUCUAUCAUCGAUAGUCUGAAGCGUUCCACAGAUAUCAUGUUCGGUGGGAAGCAAGUAGUGAUCUGUGGAUAUGGGGAAGUUGGCAAAGGAUGCUGUCAGGCACUUAAGGGUUUGGGCUGCAUUGUUUACAUCACGGAAAUCGAUCCCAUUUGCGCUCUGCAGGCCAGCAUGGAUGGUUUUCGGGUGGUGAAGCUGAAUGAAGUGAUCAGGAAUGUUGACAUCGUGAUUACGGCAACGGGCAAUAAGAACGUAGUGGUGCGUGAGCAUAUGGAUAAAAUGAAGAGUGGCUGCAUCGUUUGCAACAUGGGACAUUCCAACACGGAAAUCGAUGUCAACAGCCUACGAACGCCGGAUUUGACGUGGGAGAAGGUACGUUCGCAGGUAGAUCAUAUUGUUUGGCCAGAUGGCAAGAGGAUUAUCCUCCUGGCUGAGGGAAGACUCGUCAACCUAUCGUGUUCCAGUGUGCCCUCGUUCGUGGUCUCCAUCACGUCGGCCACUCAAGCACUAGCUUUAAUUGAACUCUUCAAUGCACCGGCCGGUCGAUACAAAUCUGACGUGUAUCUUCUGCCCAAGAAGAUGGAUGAAUACGUUGCGAGCUUGCAUCUUCCGACAUUCGAUGCUCAUCUUACGGAGCUGACAGAUGAGCAGGCAAAGUAUAUGGGACUCAACAAGGCUGGUCCAUUUAAGCCCAACUAUUAUAGAUACUGAAGCGGGACAUGCGACGGGACUCACAUCUGUUCGAGAACGUCGCUUGUCAAAGGAAAGUAAAGAAAAAAAAACGUUUUUUUUUUUGAGCGGACGACAUGGAGGAUCUUAAAUUCUCGGCGCAAUUAAAAGUAUUUUUAGGGUUCAUUAUUUUUUUUCUUCUGGUAGAAAAAAAGAGCAACUAAUACGCUCUUAUUUUUUCAAUGCAUUUUUACCCUAUACAUGCAUUUUACACAAUUAUACAGAAAAAGUUAUUAUAUUUUUCGAUGAAACAUCUUCUAUGUCCACACAAUAUUUUUAAUCUUGUAUUUUUUCCUCUAUCUAUAUAAAUAAGUUCUUAUUAUUUCUAGUAGAACGUAGUUGUGAAACUUAGUCAAUUGAGAGUUGAUCUUUUUUUUCAAAAGGAUUAGACGAACGAAUAAAUUCCGUUUGUAAGAGUAUCCUUAAUAAGUAAAAUAAAAUAAACCUUUUAAUUCGAGGUUUCGAAGGACAAUGGUCGAGAGAAAAUUGUGAAAAAAAUGUAUUAUGUGUUGAAAAUAUUGUCUUAAUUAAUUACCCAAAUGUAAUGUCUCUUCUUUAGGAAAGCGAGUUAUGUAUAUGUGACGUUGAUGCGAUGUUGUAAAAAUCGUAUCAAUUUAACCAAAACGUAGCGAAAGAAUCGGAAGAAUUUUAUAGAAAAUCACACAGGAUCUUCUCUUAUGGACUUUCAAAUCGAAAGGAAAGGAGACGCAAGAAAAGUGUCUGGCAGAGAUUGAAUUUAUUAUAUUAGAUAAAAAAAAAGUUGUAAAUUUAUAAAGAUCAAAAUUUAGUUGAACAUAA